AUGGGUGGUACAGGGAAGUAUGUGAAUGCGAGAGGCUACGCCAUCGUCAAGACAUUUACAGGUGGCACCGGGAACACACAGCAGCCGCACCAGUUCACAAAUGGGCUAGAGACUGUUCUUGAGUGUACCAAAAACAAUAAAAUAACAAAAGGAGAGAAAAAGAAGGAAGACCAGCAUGGACAUUUAAACCUCGUGGUACCGAACCAACGGCUCCAAAACAAACAAAACAAAGGUUUCAAAUAA